AUGCAGCCAAAAGCGUUCCUUGCAUUUAUUGCCUUGUUUCCGGCAAUUGGUCUUGCGGCACCCUUUCAGACAGGGCUUCGAGUGCUAAGCGAAAAUCUUAUGUCGUGCGCAGAUGUCCUUGCAGAGCGAUCCGAUGCCGAUACUGCAACUAAUUGGAAGCGGGCCGAAGCCAAUUCUCAAGUCGACAGUAGACGCAGGCUUGAAUUUGAGCGGCUCCGCGGCUAUAAUAAGGGUAACACGAAGCGAGCCGAUGCCGACGAUGUGGUAAAUAUGCGGGAAAUUCAAUAA